AGUAAAUUACUUUUUGACCAUGUUGCUAGGAUACUAACUUUAAAGCCCGCCCGUUUCCGGAAGAGAAAAGAAUUUGAUUGGUCUCGGUUCUUCCUCUGUUAAGGUUCAGCAGCCGCAAUAAAGAAGUGAAAGUAAACCAGUAAUCAUACAAUACUUUAAGUGGCACAGUUUUUGUAUUUAGAAAUACACAAAUAGUUUUGAAAUGCAUUGCCUGCCGACGUAUGACUGAAAAGGGACAUGCUUCAGCUACAUUGGAUGAAUCAUUUAUGACCUAUCAAAGAUGGAUGAAGCGAUGGAUUCUCAGAGAAGUUUGACUGUUGAUGUCAGACCCGAGGGUGCAGGAAAUAUUGUUCCGCAAACGGAUGGGAAAAGUGAACCCUUUUGUGCACCAGAAAUGGCUGACCAUACAAGAGACUCUGUACUGACAGAGAACACACUUGAUGGCCCAGCUUCUCAGAAUUCAAAGGCCUGUGGGUCUCCAUGUGAAGUGGAUACAUCUGUUUUUGUAGGCAGCAGAAGUAACCCACCUCAGACACUAGGUUCUAAUGGGCAGAAGUCUAAGAGGCCAAGUUCACCUGGUCCCCACCCAGUGAAAACAACCUGUGUCACUGCACAUGCCACCAAUCCAAACCUCACCCUUUGUCUUAGUAAUAGUCCCAGGAAGAUUGCAAGUACACCUAGUGAUGUGGAGAUGCUGAGCCCUGACAGUCCAGUCUGUAAAACCUUGACGCUAAACAAUUUUGCUGAGAAGGAUGACGGAAGUUCUUGUGCAGAGGACCUUGGUUUUGCAAAAGCCCAGUUAAUGGAAUCUCAGCAGCUUGUUAAAGAUUCUGAGUCUGGAAGUUCAGCCAAAGAUAAAGUCACUCCAGUUGCCCUAGCCGCUGAAAAUCCCAAAACAGUGGAGUGCAGUGAAUCAUCUAAUAAGAGCCACGACUCAACUGAAAGCCAGUCAGGUGCAGUUUUCCACAGUGCAUCACUAGCAUUCCAUAACAUGGACAGACGAUGGCUGGGGGUACCCAUAGAUGAACUCAACAGAUUACCACAGUGUGCUCCCCCUCUGUCUCACCUAAAAGCAACGCAUAAUCACACUGUCACAGUCAGGACGGAUCUCCUCAGAGAGGGAGAAGUCCCAGUCCCAUACCCGACCAAGUUCAAAGAUGCAUGGGAUGAUGUGUCAGUGAAGAUGCCCUGCUCUGAGAAGAAUCUGUUUCUUAUAGAGGCUGAGGAUGGAGGUGGUGUCCAAAGUCGAUGGGAACUGAUCCACUCUGCCUUACAAAGAGGGUUCAAAAGUUGCCUGGAUGUGAAGGAUGCAAUACUAAGGUACAACAUAGCCCAUGCAAAGAAAUGGGACUUCAUUGCCCUGAAUCUUCUUUGUACAGAGUAUCUUGAGCACUGCGAGGUAAAACAUCUGUUUGAGCAAAUCCUGCCUGCCAUGGUCAACUUGGCACUCGCUGCUCCUCGUCUCUGCACAAUGCCGAUUCCUUUACUCAAGUCACGGAUGAACCAUUCCCUGACUUUGUCUCAGGAGCAAAUAGCCUGCCUUCUGGCCAACGCCUUCUUCUGCACAUUCCCACGACGCAACUCUCGCAAGUCGGAGUACUACAAUUAUCCUGAGAUAAACUUCUACAGGUUGUUUGAAGGUUCUUACCCAAGAAAAAUUGAGAAAUUAAAAACACUGCUGUGUUACUUCAGGAGAGUCACUAACACCAAACCCAAGGGUCUUGUUACGUUCACAAGACAAACACUUAGUAAUCCACCGGACUGGGAAAGCUCCCGGACUCAGCUGACACGCCUACAUAUCACCUGUGAGGGGACGAUUGAGGAUAAUGGCUACGGCAUGUUGCAGGUGGACUUUGCAAACCGGUUUGUAGGUGGUGGAGUUACAGGACUUGGAUUGGUCCAGGAAGAAAUCAGAUUCCUCAUCAACCCUGAACUCAUUGCCUCUCGCCUCUUUACUGAAGCUUUGGAACAUGAUGAAUGCCUCAUCAUCACAGGGACAGAACAGUACAGCAAAUAUGCCGGUUAUGCUGAUAGUUACAAAUGGAAGGAGAGCUACACCGAUGAGACGCCCAGGGAUGACUGGCAGAGAAGGUGUACAGAGAUCGUUGCCAUCGAUGCUCUUAAGUACAGGAACUUCCUAGAGCAGUUUCUUCCUGAGAAGAUAACCAGAGAGCUCAACAAGGCAUACUGCGGAUUUCAUCGGAAUAAUGCUAAAACCAAGCACCUCUCUGCAGUAGCAACAGGCAACUGGGGCUGUGGAGCGUUUGGAGGAGACACACGGCUUAAAGCAUUGAUUCAGUUAAUGGCAGCAGCAGAAGCUGGGAGAGACGUGGCGUACUUCACAUUUGGAGAUGCUCAGCUUAUGAGAGAUGUUCAUGACAUGCACUCUUUCCUCACCAAGAGACAAGCAACCAUUGGGCAGCUGUACGUCCUUCUGAACCACUACUUCAACGAGGUCUGCAAGAACUGCCACACAGCUCGACCCGACGUCACUCUUUACAGUUUCAUCUUCAAAAAGAUUUCUUCUACUUCAACCCCCAAAACCUCAGAUCCUGCUAACAAUUCUGGGAUGCCACCUGAGACAUCAGACCCUAAUUAAGAGGGGAGGACUGUGAUUUAACCCACUCCCCUUUCCAUUGUUUUUUUCUCUAUAAGGGAGACUCCAGGUUCACAAACUUCAGUGUGCUCUCAGUCUUACAAUCAAUUAUCUCAACUCACACACUCCCUUUAAGUUUGUGAUUCCCAACACACAAACUACCUAAACACAGUUUUGCCUUUAUCUCUGGUGGUAAAAUAGGAGCCUCGUAGUACGAGACUUAUAGCAAUAGUAAAUCCUGGUUGCUGUUAGAGGCCUUUCUUUAGUCUAAAUGUGAUGUAGAAUUCUUUUUCUUUUUUAUACACUAAUUACAAAUAUUGCCAAAUAUUCAUCAUAUGCACGUUUGUGAGCAUUUUUCACUAUUGAUAAUCCAAGACAUGCUGAUAUUCUGAUUGCCUUGUCUUACACUGCAUUUGUGUUUUUUUUUCUGUUAUCUUCUGUUUACCAUUACCUGGGCUGUGGUGAGCUCCCUGAAUGCAGAGAGAUAAUGAGAUGCCAUACUGUAGUCUAUGCAUGGGUUACAUUUAUUUAUCAAAUAUUCUGACAAUAUAUGCUGCUCUUUUAUAUCUUCUAUGAUGUUAAGGUUCAACACACACGUUUUCCUUAAGGGGUAUUUUAAUGAGUCCAAACAAUCAAUUCUCUGAGAAUCGUCUCAGAUGGAGAACACAGGAAAUUCAGUCAUUUUAGAACAUUAAUUAAAUUCUGAGUAACAUCAUUUUCAGAUAUUAUCAGUGCUAAGCACAGUAUUGAUAUUGUAUAUACAAAUAAACUGGGGAGCAGAUAAAUAAUUGCACGAAAAAUCAUUAUUUUUCUUAAGGUUUUUACUCAGUAUUUACUUUAAAGAUGUAGCGGUUGUAUUAAUUACUGUGUUUUCUGAUUGUGGGAGUAUUAUUGAAUGUUGGAUUCCAAACUAGAAGACUGUAAUUGUAUUGCAUAGUACUGUACUUUCGGGUUUUAGGUUGUACUAUUUUUAUUAUAAUUUCUUAAUUAAAGCAUACCCUGUAUUAAAUAUUAAAAUCUCUGCUCAUAUCAAUAAGGUUUACUAAUGAAAACCAAAUGAUCAGGACAUUCAAGUCAAAUAAUAUUUUUUGGUUGUAUAACCUCCUAUUCACUGAAACACUGUGACACGAACCAGAAAAAAAAUGUGGAGUAUUAAAUUAAUGUUUGAUUUUUCUACAUCUUAGUGUAGAUCAUGAGUAAAAAUCUGAUUUUCUGUUCUGUCUGUUGCCUUCUUAAGUUAACGUUUCUGUUUAACGUGUGGGACAAUAUCUUUCUGCUACUAAUUUAUCACUUCCUUUUUUCUUAAUCAUGAAUUAUUUAAUCAUUUUGAGACGUGAUUGAUUUUUUCCGAUUACACAUGUACCUAGGGCUUUUAGAAAAAUUUAAUUCCAGCUUCAAACAUGCUUUAUUAGAUGAAUUAAGGUUUCUAAAUAACCUUGUGACGUGGACUUCCAUAAAUGGCGAGUAGGCUUGGCAGUGGUAAGUGGAUUACACAUUAUCUGCUUCUCCUGCUCUCUGUGCUGAGCCCUGCAUACCAGACAAGCUAAAGACUCAUGUACAAAGUCAAAUGUGGUUUGGCAGACCUACCAGUUGAGGUCUGUUUACCUGGAUGUGAAGUUUUAGAUUAACCAGCUAGAUUAGAGAUUUAUUUGGACACUUUUCAUUCAAUAAAUGUUUCAGGUUUAUCCUACAAACAAAUAACCAUAAUCCAGCAGCAUGUCAGGUCUAUUGAAACUAGUUUUUAAGCUUUUUCUUGUCUAUAUCUCCAGAAAUAGGCAAUGAGGUUUUGCCCUUAUUCACAUGUUCUAAUUUCACAGUAUACAAGAAAUGUCUCAAACAGCUUGUUCAAAUUUUUCCCAUAUACUGAUAUAAUUAAACAUCAUGCCCUGUGUUACAGUA